AUGAGCAACGGCACCAUAUCGUUUGAAAUCAUUUUUAUGUUAUUUGCUACAUGCCACCGCGGCCACGUAUUGCGGCCAAUAGUUAUGGUAUGGCAAGAUCCACGACGAUAUGACACAGUGCACUACAGCUCACGACCGACUGAGAUUCAACCGGCAGCACUCUCGAAGGAGCAAGAGGAUGUUGGUGCUCAACGGCGAUUAUGGCACGCAGCGGCAGCAGCCACAGGACCAGGAUCAGGAUCAGCUAUACAGACGUGUCUAAAGAUCGGCCUUUGCCGAAGGACCAUCGAAAACGGUGGCCGCUUACUGGAAACCGACCCGUGUUCGUUCUGUGGGUGGUCAGCUGGGCGGUUCGGACUAGAAAGCUUUUGGCUGCAGAUCGGAGAGGCGUGUCGAGUGCAACGGACCGGGAAAUGGUGACUGGAGG